AUGGCAGGCAAUGGUCCCUCCCCUGCUCAUGCUCAGUUUCUGGCGCCUCCGGCCGUUACCGCCCUGAGGCAGGAGGCUCGCUCGGUCGAGAACAAGUCGCCUUUGGCUCGCUCCUACAGUGAUGACAUGCAGGGGGAACGUGAUGACUUGAGGGAGGCGGCGGAACAGACCCUGAACGUCAUCGUCGACCUGGAUCUCGAGGGUCGCGUCAAAUGGGUCAGUCCGUCGUGGAAACAGGUGGUCGGGACCGCGCCCGCCUCCGUCGAGGGUCAUUUGAUCUCGGAGAUCCUGGUCGACCAUAAGGAUGCCUUUCAACUGGCGAUCGAGUCCCUCCAGGCGGACGACUCGCGCAGUCGUUUCAUUCGCUUUGCCCUGGAGAUGGGCCCCGACUCGAUUCUGCAGUACUCGCCGGAACCACGCCCCUUGGAGGAGUCCGAGAAGACUGAGGCGGGGGAGAAUGUGGACGUGGCCGAGCAGGAGGCGCCCCCCGAUCAGGUAGAGGGGAACAAUGUCCUCACCAUGGAAGGCCAGGGGAUCAUGGUGUAUGAACGUGGAGAUGGAGCUGGCCACACCAUGUGGAUGUUGCGACCGUUCUCCGAACCCCGAGAAGUCACCAUCGAUCUCCCUCCGUUACUUGUCGAAUCUCUCGGUGUUGGCGCGGAAGUAUUGGCAAACUACUUGACGACGUUGGCCGAGGCCGCCGCCAUCGAACCCGACGUCUCGAAACACCCCGCCCCUCAACCCGUCCUGUGCCGGAUCUGCGAGCGCCAGAUCACCCCGUGGUGGUUUGAGAAACACUCCGAUCUCUGUCUGCAAGAGCAUCGAGCCGAGAUGGACGUUCAAAUCGCCCAAGAGAACCUCAACGAGCAGCGCCACGCGAUCGUCAGGGUUCUGGACGCCCUGGAGGCCCGCCAGAGCAGACCGUUUCAUACGGGCGAAAGCACCAGCCCGCCGCCCCCCGUUCAACCGGAGUACAAAGGAUUACUGAUUGGCCCGUCCCCAACGGCCUCGGCACCCGCCUCAGUGGCGUCGUCCGGGUCUGUGUCGAGUGCCAGCUCGGCUCCCGGUACGCCCCCCAGAUCUCGCGAUCAUUCGACAUCGGGAAUUGGACACCUGCGGGGCCGUUCGUUCGCCGUGCGGCGCCCACUGGCCCGUGUGGUCGAGCUGAUUCUCGAUCUGUGUGACACCGCGCUGGAGAUCAACAUGCCCGUGAUCAAACAGUCGCGCACGGACAACCCGGACGAUUUCCGAACGCUGUCUCCCCAGUCGGAGUCGCGGAUCUCGCAGGUCCUCCAGUGGCAGUCUCCGAGCUCCAAUACGCUGGGCCAGGAGCAGGGCUUGGCCGCACUCUGUACGGAUACCGAGGGCGUGGUGCGAGCGAUGGUGGACGCCGUCAUUCGCCAUCGCAAGAUCGUCGAAUACGCCGAACGGAUCCGCAUUGAGUACACAGUCUUGGUGGAGGAAUGCAUCACCGCGGCCCUCCGCAAGGCCGAGCGUAUCGCAGCGGGCCAGUUGAGUGACUCGAGCUCCGCCGAAGAUGACGUUCCGGAUAGCAGCACUAUGUCUCCCGCCGUCGCUCCGAGUCCGAGUCCGAAGCCGAAGCCGAUGCCCGAGCCCCAGGCCGUGCCGCCUGCGCCCGCGGUGUCGGCCUUGACCAUGUCCAUGCGCAACUCCCCAGAUCGCUUCCCGCUCGCACAGCCCUCCGAGGGACGGUCGCCCUCUGUCGCCGUGUCGACGGGGUCGAAUAGCCCGUUGGAAUGUCCCACCCCCCGUUCCCACAAAAGUGCCGCAGCCGUCCUGGGGACGUCCCAACCUAGUCGUCGUGGGUUCCCGCCGACCGAGAGCGACGCGGGUGAUGUCAGCGAUAGCAGCGUCUUCUCUUCUGCCCUUCCCGGAACUCUACGGACGGAAUCGCCGUCGUCGGACCGGAGCCUCGAACGAAAGCGUCGGAGCCUGGUGCUUCCUGGUCUGUCCAGCUCCCCCCGCCGCGGGCAUUCCCCCGCCCGAAUGUCGGGCCCCCACUCGCCGUUACGCAUUCCCAAGCCGCGGCUGUCGUGUGGCGCGGAGAGCUUACCGUCCCCGGUGGUCUCCCCGUCGGCUCACGCCGGUGAACUCGCCCAUAUGCACUAUCGGCAUCACCGCCGUCAAUCCUCCGCGACGUCGUCUGAUGCCGCCAAGGUUCCCCCCGUAUCGCCACAUCUAUCCUCCGCCAGCCAGCCCCAGCCGCGACCCGCACCGCCGUCGAUCAAGGACUUCGAGAUCAUCAAACCGAUCAGCAAAGGCGCGUUUGGGAGCGUCUAUCUGUCCAAGAAGAAGUCCACCGGCGAGUACUACGCGAUCAAGGUGCUGAAGAAGGCGGACAUGGUGGCCAAGAACCAGGUCACCAACGUCAAAGCUGAACGGGCGAUCAUGAUGUGGCAGGGGGAAAGUGAUUUUGUGGCUAAACUCUACUGGACCUUCUCCAGCAAGGAUUAUCUCUACUUGGUAAUGGAAUAUCUCAACGGGGGCGACUGCGCUUCCCUCGUCAAAGUCCUGGGAGGCCUCCCCGAAGACAUGGCUAAGAAGUACAUUGCCGAAGUAGUCCUUGGGGUAGAACACCUGCACGGGAGAGGCAUCGUCCACCGGGACCUCAAGCCGGACAAUUUCCUAAUCGACCAGAACGGCCAUCUGAAGCUGACGGAUUUCGGGCUGUCCCGGAUGGGUCUGGUAGGCCGGCAGAAACGCGUGCUGAAGAGUAUGAACGAGCCGACGCCCGACCUUCUCCGGCAGGGCCCCUUCCCCCGCGCCACCUCGAUCACCUCUUCCCGCUCGGCCUCGGUCGACCUUCAGGGCAGCGGAUCCCCGGGAUCGACGCCGUUGAUCCCGCCAGAUAUGGCCGGCAGCAUGCCGCAGCCAUCGUACUUCAGUCUGAGCCAACAAGGGGGAAGCGGACAGAGCCGACAGACGUCCCGCAGAGCGUCGGGCUACCGCAGUGACAGCGGCAGUAGCGAUCACCUUCACACCAUGUUCCGGAAUAUGUCCUUCAACGAUAGCAGCGACGCACGCGGGGAGUCUCAGGGCCUAGGCUCUCUGCCCUUUCCGCUAACUCCGUGGGGCCAUCUGCCUGAAGAAGAGGGCCAGAGCGAGGCGGGCGAGUCGUCCCCUCAGCUGCAACCCCUACAGCCGACGACUAGCAACCAGACUUCGUACGGGACCCCGCCCCCGCAAAGCAUGAUGCCGCCGUUGAUGGCGCUGUUCGACCCGGAAGACCACAACAGGCGCUUUGUCGGGACACCGGAUUAUCUGGCUCCGGAGACUAUCAACGGUCUAGGCCAAGAUGAAGUGAGUGACUGGUGGUCGUUGGGCUGCAUCUUAUUUGAGUUCCUUUUCGGCUAUCCCCCUUUCAAUGCUGCUACACCCGACGAAGUGUUCGACAAUAUCCUCCAUCGAAAGAUCAACUGGCCGGAGGAGCCUGAGGAGCUCGCUUCCCCGGAAGCCAUUGACCUAAUGAACAAGCUGAUGACCAUCCGCCCCCGGGACCGCAUUGGAGCCAACGUCGACGAGAAGUUCCCGAACGGCGGGGCGGAGAUCCGAAGCCAUCCUUGGUUCUCGGACAUUCAUUGGGACACCCUAAUGGAAGACAAGGCGCAGUUUGUACCCAACACGGAGAAUCCCGAAGACACGGAAUACUUCGACGCUCGUGGCGCAACGCUGCAAGCGUUUGCCGAGGAGCUCGAAGAUGGUCAUUCGCCGCAGACCCCGGUGACAGCCGGAGCGGUGUAUCCGCCAGACCGUCCUCACGACGCCCUCUUCAAAGUACGCACGCAGGUCAAUUCAACGAAGCGGCCACUGAUGCCUCUGCAUAUCCCACCUCAUGUCCGCGACUCCCGCAACCGGAGGCUGAGUGAGCCUUCUUUGGCCGACGACUUUGGCAACUUCGCUUUCAAGAAUCUUCCAAUGCUGGAGAAAGCCAACAAGGAUGUGAUCCAGAAGCUGCGCCAAGAAGCCAUGCAAGCACAACAACGCUCGGUUCCACCUCCGGGUGCACAGCCGCAGCAGCCGCAACCGCAAUCUCAGCAGCAGCAGCAUCCAUCACAGCAGACAUCACAGCAGACAUCACAGGACUCAUUGCAGGGACAAGGCCAAAGCCAAAGCCACAGCCAGGCUCAGAGCCAGGGACAAGGGUCUGGGUCGAAUUCAGGGCCAACGUCAACCGCGUCCGGGCCAUCGUUGGAAGGCAGUCCGUUACCAAUGCCAUUGCAGCGGACACUAUCGCAGAACAAGGGCAACAACAGGCCAUCCUCUCCUUCGAGCCUGAGUCAGGCAAAUUCGUCUCCCAGCCGUCCGUCGCAACCUUCCUCGCCACUCCUUGUUCAGUUCAGCACUGGCCACAAUCAUGAGCGCAGAAAGACCUCGGGUUCGUCCUCGACGAACUCUCACCAAUCCAGCAGCGGAUCUUUCCCGGUUGGUUCGGAUCCAAGCCGGAUGGGCAGUAUCAAAUACAACUCAGCGGCAUCUUCGCCCAUCAAAGCGGGCCGAGUCUCGACUCAUUCGCCUGAUAAGAUGCCGUCGAGCCUACACCGGCAGGGCAGCGUCCCCAGCCGCGCGAGGUCGCAGACAAUUGGAUCUCAAGACGGCGGGGAGCUUUCGUCGUCGUCUGUGACUAAGGAGUCCUAUGUCCCAGGCCACCACAAACGUCGCAGCCAACUCUUUGCGGAUGUCUCUCCCUCAUCCUCUGAUAAUGAAGACCCCCGUACCAAAGCUCUACUCAAAGUACAACGGCGUCGACAGAGUUCCAGACGGCUGUCGCAGAUCAACCUUCCCGACGGGCCUUUCUUCCGACCCCUGGACGUUCUCAUCUGUGAGGAUCAUCCGGUGUCUCGGCUUGUCAUGGAGCGUCUGUUUGAAAAGCUUCGGUGCCGCACGAUCACCGCCAAAAAUGGCGCCGAGGCCAUGCGCUUUGCGCUGAGUGAAGUUCAAUUUGACAUCAUCAUGACUGAGUUCAAAUUGCCCCAGGUGAACGGAAGCGACGUGGCUCGCAUGGUGCGCGAAACGCGGGGUGCCAACCGACAUACACCGAUCAUCGCAGUCACAGGAUAUCUGAAGGAUUUGCCGGAAACGCAUCCCUUUACCUCCUUGAUUGAGAAACCCCCAACCCUGACCAAGCUUACGGAAGCCCUGUGCAAGUUCUGCCAGUGGAAGCCCCCGCCGAAAGACUACAAUCCUACCCAGCCACUAGCGGUUCCGACCUCUGCAGCACGUCAACCCCCUGUUCCGACGGAGCACAGCCCAAGCUCGACGACAUCGUCCGGAUUCGCGCUCGUGCCUCCUAGUUCCUACCAGGGGUCCAACCGCACAGACUCGGUUGGCAGCAGCUACUUUGGCGACGUGGAAUCCGUCAAGCCCGAAGAGGCUCCUGUCAUCGUCAGCCAGCGAGCCGAUGAAUGGGGUGGCAAGGAAGGAGGUGGAGGUCUUGGGAUAUCGGACGCUCCGCCUGCAAUCCAAGAGACCACUGACUCGCCGCCCAGUACCAGCUCGGCGCCCGAGCCACAGAUGCUCCACGCGUCCUCUGCUCCAGCAUCCGUCAAUUCCUCCGGGGUCCUGACACCACGCAAGCAGCGAUCCAGCGAGGCGAUCCGCGCCAAGCGGGAAUCUCUAGAAAAGAAACGCUACGAAUGUGCCGAGUCGGGCGACGACGAGGAUGAAGAGCUCGGCCACUCGCAGGUGCGAACACCUAGCUCCCGGACACGAUCCAACCGUCCCGGCUCCAAGCUCGGAAUCGAGAUGAUGCGGACCAACAGCCGAGGAAGCGUGGUGAGCGGUAGCGAAGAGCUGAUCCGAAAGGAGAGGGAGCUGGAGAGGCGCCGCAGCGGCGGUUCCACCAGCCUUAGCUUUAGCGACGAGGAUCGCAUGGGGUCGUCACCUUCUCGAAGCACAGAUAUCGAUGACCGCUUCGAAGGGCUUCACAUCGCCGACGACACGAUAUCACUAGAAGACGACCAGUUCAGUCCGCGACACUCUCCCAUGCUAGGGCUAGCUUCGAGCCCUCGCGCCACUGCACGAAUGCUCUUACACACAUCGUCACCGCCUCUCCCUCAACACCCGUCGCCGCUCUUCCGCGCCAACAUCGUUGAGACUGAUGAUGACCCCGCGGAGGAGGCUCAAAGCUUCAUGGUGGGCAACACCACCCCACCCAGCACGUUAUCAGAAGACGCCCACACACCAACAGACCCCAACACGCCGCUAGUGAAGGUCUCGCGGGACGACGCAGACGACGACCAGUCACUUCUAGACGCCGAAGCUACGCCUCGACCGUCUCAUACUCCUUCCAUUGACUUGAGCUCGGAACAGACGCCCCGUCCGUCUGAACGGUAG